UUAAUGUGAUUUGGUUUAUACACAGUAAUUGUAACAUGUAAAAAAACAGUAUUGUCUUAAGGUAGUACUCUAUGUCAUGUUAAAAAGUGUUAUUCUUUUAUUACAUGUAGAAGCUUGUUUUGCUGAAAUAGAAAUUGUGCCCAUCCCAAAAUGACAAGAGUGUGUGAGCUGUGUAUGUGUUUGGACGUAUUUUCAUCUUUCUCUUCUUUAACAGAUGAAAGGACUUUGACUUACACUAGCCUGGAGUUACAUUAUUGUUCUGUGCCAAGCUACCAACAUGAGUUUGAUGGACAUUUCUAAGAUCUUCUCCCUGGUGCAGUGUUCUGAAGAGGAUGAGGACAACCAGCAGAGUCAGAACUUGAACGACGCCGUGAGCAGCAACGAUGUGACUCUUCUGUCUGAGCUUCUGUCUCAUGAGAGUUACAGGAGGUCAAUCAAUGCUCGGAGUGGGUGGGGGAUCCCGGUCACCCCCUUGCGCACUGCUGCUGCUCUGGGACACCUGAAGUGCCUGGAGUUGCUGUUGGAGCAUGGAGCAGAGAUUGAUAGCCUGGAUGUGAAGGCUCAGACGCCUCUGUUCUCAGCUGUCAGUGGGAAACAUCUGGAUUGUGUGGUUGCUCUGCUGAAGGCUGGAGCCGAUCCUAAUGGCAGCCAGUACAACAAUUGUUGUCCGGUGCUGCUUGCUGUCCUGGAAGGCCAGGCAGAUGUGCUCCAAGAGCUGCUACGUUUUGGAGCUGAGGUGGAUGUCAGACCCAAACUCCCAUACUGGGCCACCCAUCCCACAGCCUGCAGGGGCCCCCUUUAUAUGUCAGCUGUUUAUGGACACCUUGACUGCUUUAAACUACUCCUUCUCUAUGGAGCCAACCCCAACUUCAACUGCUCAGAAAAGAUGCUGGCCAAAGUAAAGCAGCCAAAAACAGCUCUGGAAGUGUGUCUCCAUUAUGGGUGUGGGAAGGAGUACAUCCAGCUUCUCAUAGACUUUGGGGCAGAUGUGUAUCUGCCUAAACUUACAGUUGACAAAACAACAGAGCAGAAUGAAGCUCUGGCUCUGCUGCUCAAAGAGAGAGUUUGUCCCAAAACACUGAUGUCACAGAGUCGACUGGCAAUUCGAAGAUACAUCCCCGUAGCUAAUAAGCAGCUGGCCAUUGAAAGUUUGGACAUUCCUCUGAUGUUGAGGAACUACUUGAAUCAUGACACCUCUGAAGUCAUAUGAAGUUCACAUUAGCAUCAGCAAAUACAGUAUGGUCAAUGACAUUUUUAUUUUCUUACCUCGUUGCUUUACACUCAUGACUGGUCUGGAAAAUGAGCUGGACAUACCGUAUU